AGAGAGAGAGAGAGAGAGAGAGGAUGAAGAUCACGUCGUUGAUGGUGCUGAAAUGCCCGCCGGACGGUUCCGAUCCGGUGAUCUUGGCCAACGCGACGGACGUAAGCCAUUUUGGAUACUUUCAGAGAUCCAGCGUGAAGGAAUUCAUCGUCUUCGUUGGUCGGACCGUCGCCAAACGUACCCCACCCGGACAACGCCAAUCGGUUCAACACGAAGAGUACAAAGUUCAUUCCUAUAAUAGAAAUGGUGUCUGUGCCUUGGGCUUUAUGGAUGAUCACUAUCCAGUUCGAAGUGCAUUCUCUCUGCUCAACCAGGUGCUAGAUGAGUACCAAAAGAAUUUUGGUGAUUCAUGGAGAAACGUGCAAACAGAUAGCACACAACCAUGGCCAUAUCUGAAUGAAUCUCUAUCAAAAUUUCAGGACCCUGCUGAAGCUGAUAAGCUAUUGAAAAUUCAGAGGGAAUUGGAUGAAACUAAAAUUAUCCUGCAUAAGACUAUUGAUAGUGUCCUUGCACGGGGUGAGAAGCUGGACAGUUUAGUUGAGAAGAGUUCAGACCUCAGCUCAGCUUCACAGAUGUUUUACAAGCAGGCGAAAAAGACCAAUCAAUGCUGUACAAUAUUGUAGAUUCUGAAUCAAGGGGGCAGUUCAACCGUGGUUUACUUGUUCUUCCAUUAAAUAUGUUGCAUCACGAAUUCUUCUUGUGUCAGUUAUUAAUCAUUGCAAUUCCGAAUUCUAUUAAUUGUUCCCUCUUGUAUCUUGCCUUCGCAGAAUGAAGUGGGGAAACCUGACACAUGUUGGCUUUGCCUUGUUAUUGCUAUAUGAUAUAUAAGUAUGCUUGGUGUUGGUGUUUACAAUAGCUCAGAUCACUCGUUGUUAUCGUGGUUCUUUCUAUUUUCUUGGUCAG